CCCGCCAGUGCCCCUGCUGCCCCGGCCGUGUGCGUGCGUGCGCGUGUGUGCGUGCGCCUCUUUCGUGACCAGCGAGCGCGUCUUCCUCAAGGAGUGCCGGACGCGGCCAAGCUACCCCCGCGGCGGAGACGGCACCAGCUCGUCGGCCGCCAUGUUGGUCGCCCAGGUCCUGGCCGCGUGCCUGCUGCUGGCGGGGUGCCACGCGAGGUACACCACGCCCACGCCGUCGUCCACGUCCUCGCCGGACUCCGAGGAGAUGGUGAUCGGCGACAUCGCCAAGCAGUGGUCCGCCAUGGUGGACGCGUACCAGCGAAAGCAGCGCUCGGAGCAGGACCGGCUGCUGUUCCCCGCCGACCUCAUGAUGGUCAUGAGGAAGCACGCGGAGGACGACAUCCUCAACGAGAUCAUUCACGACGACCACAGCGUGGACAAGCCACCCCCCGAGGAGAAGCACCCCGACGGCAAGGUGGUACUGGUGUUCCUCGAGAAGGAGCUGGAGCUCAUGGACCCGGAUGGAUCCCACUCUCAGACUAAGCUCUCGUCAGACGAGCCGGAGGGAGUCGUGGUGUUCGAGAGGGAGUCCGAGGACCCCGCGCCGACCUGCCCCGCCCCCGAGGCCACGACGGAGAACGUGGUGGGGGCCUUCCUGGAGGGGCUGGACAAGUUCAUGGAGUCAGUGCAGCCGCCCCUGCCGCCGCCACCAGUACUGCAUCCGCGUGACCCGCAGCCCAGCGGCAACGACAUCGUCGCCUUCCUGGAGAACCUGGUCAUGAUGCAGGCCGCGGAGCAGGCGAAGGAGGGCAAGACGACCAGCAUCUCGCCCGACGCCUGGGUGCAGCUGCUGGGCCCGCACAUGCGGCGGCGCCGUGACGUCGAGGGCGUCCAGGGCGUCCAGGUGCAGGUCCCCGCCAACGACCAGCUGCACCCCUUCCUGGACGACACCGAGCAGUCCCUCCCCGCGCCGACGGACGUGCUCAGCGGGGACGUGAACCUGAGCGGCUUCAAGGACACCGAGGCCAGCGACGUCAUCGACUCCAUCGCGCUGGGCCGCCUGCAAGUGGACACGCCGCCGCCAACGGUCAAGAGGGAGGACCCCGUCGUCGACGGCACCACCACCACAGCGUCGCCAGGGUGGGUCAUUCAAAGCCCGCCGCACCAGCCCGCCGAGGUGGUCAAGAUGGUCCCCGUCCAGCAGAGCACCGUUACCAGCAACAGCCAGCCACUGCACACCGUCAAGAUGGACUCCAUCCUGCAGAGCGCCGCCGACGAAACCAACGCAAUGCAGAAGCCCGCCGAGGUGGUCAAGAUGGUCCCCGUCCAGCAGAACGCCGCCUUCAACUUCAGCCAGCUGCCCCACUCCAAAAAGGCGCUCCAGAUGGACUCUAUCCAGCAAAACGCCGCCGACGAAACCCCCCCAAUGCAGCAGCCCGCCGAGGUGGUCCAGAUGGUCCCCGCUCAGCGAGGCGCCACUACCAGCAACAGCCAGAUUCCGCGCACCUACAACGCGUUCCAGAUUGACUCUCUCCAGCAGAACGCCGCCGACGAAAUCCACCCAAUGCAGCAACCCGCCGAGGUGGUCAAGAUGGUCCCCGUCCAGCAGGGCGACGCCCCUAGCUACAGCCAGCCGCCGCAAACCAUCAAGGAGUCCACGAUGGACUCCAUUCAUCAGAAAAUGACCGACAAAACCAGCUUGCAACACCAGCCCACUGAGGUGGCCAAGAAAGCUGUCCUCAAGAAAGCUGCAACAAGCACCAGCGCGAAGCACGUCGCCGUGCUGCCGCAGCCCCCCGUCCACAUGAUCGAGCUGCUGCCCGCCAAGCACGACGCCGAGCCCGCCGCCUCGCAGCAGAACACGGUCGCGGCACACGCAGCCCCUGUCAUUUCGCCGCUGCACCAGAAGACCGCCACGAAGGACGACCGUAAACCCAACGUCGAGGUGGUGCAGAUGGUGCCGGUGAAGCACGAGACUCACCUGGAGAACAAGACCGGCAACCUCGAGGCCACCACCGCGCGCGCCGAGCAGCUCAAGACGGACCCCGUCGACAACGCCGCACUGCCAGUGAACGUGGAGGACUUCGCCGCCAAGAUCGGGCAGCUCGGCGUCGGCGAGGCGCUCGAGACCAUCGACAAGGAGGACGCCACCUUCCCGGGCAUGACCAGGAUCUUCCUGCCGGAAGGAAUCAGGUUCGCGGACCCCAAGCAGGACGCGGCAUCGUCGGGGACGGCGGCGCACGCCCAGAGCCAGGUGGACGUCAAGGACAAGGACCCCGUGAACCACCCCGCCCCGCAGCACGCCGAAGAAAAGCCUGUCAAGCCCGUUGAGUUGACGACGGCGGCCUCUGUGCCGGAGUCCAGCACUCACUCCCACAGCCACGUGGCCAAGAAGGAGCUCCUGGUGCACGACGACCGCGAGGACCGGCGAAUGGUGGAGUCCAACAACCAGCCCGAGCCGGUCCUCACGCCCCGGCACGACCAGGAGGAGGAGCUGAAGGCCGUGGAGGAGGCCCCCAUCACCAUGAAGUUCCCCGUCCCGGUGGGUGACAACGACGCCGUGCGAGGACUCCUAGACAUCGACUUGCUGUUCGAGGACGACCCGACCACGGCGAAGACCCUGCCUUUGCACCUGGCCGCCACAACAGCGGUAAACAACGCAGUGCCAUCGAGUCCUGCAGCAACGGCACAAUCAGUUCUUCAUGGUGCAGAAAAGUCAAAGCCGAAGGUGGAGACCACGCCAGAUUCAAAUGGCAAACUAAAACUGCAGCAUGCCACUAAAUUGUUCCCAGUCAAGGACUCUCAAUCGGAUCAUUGGGGUCCACCCGCAGUCAGCUUCAUCCAUGACAAGCAAGUCCCCGUCGCAGUGGACCCUAACUUCGCGGACACCACUCUGCUGUCACCUAUCGAGGACACUCAAUUGAAGCACUGGGGUUCGUCGUCGGAAGCCGUCAACCAGAACCUUCCCGUCAACCAGAACGUCGCCGUCAACCAGAAUCACCCCGCCAACCAGAACGUCCAUGUUCACCAGAACGUACCCGUCAACCAGAACGUCCCCGUCAACCAGAACGUCCCCGUCAACCAGAACGUCCCCGUCAACCAGAACGUCCCCGUCGUAGUACAUCCUGCCGCCGCGGCCACCUCCCCGCUGCAUCAAAAGUCACCGGCCAAGGAAACUAAAUCGAAGCACUGGGGUCCGUCGCCCGACACCGUCAAACAGGCCGUCACGGCCUCCAUCCAGAAGGCGCCUGCCGAAGGCGCCAAGUCGAAGUACUGGGCACCAUCCUCCGCCGCCGUCAACGAGGCCAAGGCAGUGGUGGUCGCCACCAAGGUGCCUCAUUCCACUGAAAGCCCUCGUCUACCUCAUCAAGAACCCACCCCCACCACCGAGGCCGUCGUCGGGGCCAAGCACACCCCGGCCGUCGUGGACCUCACGGCCGCCACCACUACGCCGGCGUCCAGCAGGCGGGACGUCCUCCAGGAGCCUGGCAGGCUGCUGAUGCCCAGCGAGGACAACCAGGAGGAGCAAGUGCACCGGCAGAGCUUCGUCCGGUCGGCCCACGGCGACAACCAGCCCCAAGACGCCCCCGCCGAAGCCGCCCCUCCCCAAGUGGAAGACGCGACCGAGUGCGCCGAGAAGGUGACCGAGGCCCAGUUUCAGUACGAGGCCGACCUGCCGCCGCCGCAACAUGUGCACGUCCCGUCGACCGCGGAGCCCACCGCGAAACCGGAGACGUUCGACCUGGCCGACGAGGACUUGCACUUCCUCAUCCAGGAGCCCAGCACCACGCCGCAGCCCGCCAAGAAGAAGAAAAAGAAGAAGAAGAAGGGCCUGAGGCUGCCCUUCAUGGUGCCCACCACCACCAAGGCGCCGUGGCCGCGGUCCUUGGCCUCGCUGGCGCCCUUCCUGCCCUUCCCGGACAUCACCAGGCCCGAGGACACGCAGGUGCGGCCGCCCGCGCACCGACGCACCGCCAGCAGGCGCUUCAAGACGUUCGCCCGGCCCGCGCCCUGGGAGCACCACGACGCCGUCCUGGACGUGGAGGUGGCCACGCUGCCGCCGCUGCCAGCUUUGCAGCCUCUGCAGCCACACUACGGCCACUACCACCAACACCACCGUCAGGGGCACGCCGCGAGCCCGGUCCCCGUCGUCAGCCACCCGCACGCCCUCGGUGACGUGUACCAGCAGGCAAUGUACCAACAGCCCGAGUACCAGUUCCCAGUGUACCCACCACAGGCAGAACAGCGGCAAGCCGGGUACCAGCUGCAGCAGGAGUACCAGGCGUACCAACCUCAGCAAGCGAUGUUCCAGCCGCAGCCCGAGUACAAGCCGCAGCCCGAGUACCAACAAUCAGUGUACCAACCUCAGGCCGAGUACCAACAAUCCAUGUAUCAGCCGCAGCCAGAGUACCAACAAUCCGGCUACCAACCUCAGGCGAAGUACCAACAGUACCAACCCCAGUCCACGUACCAACAAUCCGUGUACCAGCCGCAGCCAGAAUAUCAGCCGUAUCCAGUCUUCACCGACUACCAGCAAAACUACCAAGUCGGGGGCUACCAGCAGUCGGGGUACAAGAACGCCCAGUCGCAGGAUUCGGCAACAGGCCAGCAGCAGGCGUACCAACCCUCCGUGAGCUGGACCGCAUCCCGGCGGCGGCGCUCCGCUGCGGACGCGGGGCCGGGUCCAGAGGCGUCGGUUGACGCGGUGCCCGAGUUGGUCCAGGCGGCGCAAGCGGAAACCGAGAGGAAGGGAGUUCAACCCGAAGAGUCCCCUUCGAACUCACCACCGCCUUCACUCAAGACCGAGGCCUCCCAUGACGUCAAGCAGUCCGACAAGAUCGAAGUCAUCCCCGACGUCAAGCAGGCCGACGACCAGAUCGAAGUCAUCCCCGACGUCAAGCAGGCCGACGACCAGUUCCCAGUCAUCCCCGACGUCAAGCAGGCCGACAACCAGAUCGAAGUCAUCCCCGACGUCAAGCAUCCCGACGACCAGAUAGAAGUCAUCCCCGACGUCAAGCAGGACGACGACCAGACCGAAGUCAUCCCCGACGUCAAGCAUCCCGACGACCUGAUAGAAGUCAUCCCCGACGUCAAGCAGGCCGACGACCAGAUCGAAGUCAUCCCCGACGUCAAGCAUCCCGACGCGGUGGCCGACGCCAUUCCACUGGAGCAGACUGUACCGGAGGCCGUUCCGGAAGCCGACGCGGUAAACGCCAACGUGAUGCCAGAGCAGCCCGUCCCAGAGUCCGUCGUCAGCGACCCCACCCUGGAGGCCCUUCCCGAGGCUGUUCCAGAAGUGGCCCCGGAGACCGCCCCCUUGGACUUCCAGGACGUCGUGCCCGAGGACAACGACUUCCUCCUGGACGCCCCCGCCCCACCGUUCCCGCCGCGCCUGCACCAGUUCCGCCACCCGCACCGCCUGUCGCCGCUGCACGCCGCGCUGCCCGGCGACACCCCGGACUUGCACGCCGACGACGCCGCGGACGCCGUCAGCGCCGUGAACGCGGCCGCCGCCUACCCGCCGUACGCCCUGCGGCACCGCGGCCCGCCGCCCAUGCCGCCCGCCUUCGAGGACCUCAUCCCCAAGAGCGGCGAGACGGAGGAGGAGAAGGCCGAGCGCGAGCAGAAGGCCGUGCAGAGGAUGAUCCAGGUCGUCAACGUGCUGGGCAGCCUGCAGAGCUUCCUGUCCGAGCGCGCCAGGACCGUGGUGCGGAGGCUCAGCAAGAUUGGGGGGGGGAAAAACCCAAAUGAAGUAGUUUGUUGGCUGGUACCUGUAAAUUUUCGAAGGGCAAUAUGA